AUGGCCCAGUUUCGCCACCUUCGAAGCCAAAUGCAACAGCUUCAAAUGCUAUUGGCCGAGAAGAAAAGAACCAUUGCCGAUUUAGAGUAUAAGCUGAUGCUGCUAAAAUCCCAAUUUGAGGAGCUCCAUUCGUUUAGAAUUGCAUUCGAUACUGGCAAGCAGGAGCAGCAAGAGGAGCAAGGGGUUCCCACCAUCUCUCCUGGGCAAGGAGCCGAAGAUGGCAACGAAAACAUUGGGGGAAAUCCACAGCAAGAACCACACAAUGCGAUGGAAAAUGAUCUUUGUGUUGUUUUCAGAAGUGAUGAGCCCUUUAUGGUGGAUGAAGAUGAGGGCUGCCCUGUCAAUGUCCUUCCGCAGGAGCUUGCCUUUCCAGACUACGGCAUCCUUCUUCUGGGUGAUGAUUAUGACAGGGUCAAAGCUACACUACGCAAACUUCUUUCCACAAAAAAUGCCAUUCUCACCGAAAUUAAUGAGUUAGAAAAGAAAAAGUCAUCCCUUCUGGAGACAUCGCUACGCGAUAGACAAGAAUGGCUUUCUUAUAAACAAUCCCUUGGCCAAAUAUGCAAAAUGAUAGGCACGUUCACUUCCUCUGGAGGUGAAGCGCCGUUACACACAUCGAGAAGGCUAUCCAGGAAAAAUGAUAUUCCUAAAUAA